CCGUUGCCAAUCUGUGCAAAUUGCUUGGGUCGGUAACCUGCAAACAGAGUCCUUCUUCGAUGUCAUUUACUUUUAGGAUUGAUGCUAUGCAUUCAGACAUUCAGUCGUGUCUGUUCAUUGGAGUUUAUUGGUCAACAUCAUGCAGUGGAUUUCUACGAACCAUUAUUAGAACUCAGGUACUCUGCAGUUAUAAUUCAGAGUUUUGGACAAACCUCAUCGGUCAGCAGGCGUCCACAUAUAGAGAUUUAAUUGAAGUGUUGAAAUUUUAGUUACAUUUUGCGAAGGUGCGUAUUGCUCUCUUUUUUAGAUGCCACAUGACUUAUCGAAAUUGCAAUAUGCUAGAAGUUGUUUAUGCAAUUAACUAAACGAUCUAACUUAUCUUGAUGUGUUGUCUUAGCAUUUGGUGUGUUGUACCCGUGCCAUGGAUAGGUGCCAGCUGUUACAGAUUAGUGCGGCAUAUAUUGUUUUCUGCAUACGGUUCUUGUGUGUCCGGAGUUUUGGUAACCUCGAGGCUAUCCUGUACUUGUACUUUUUGUACAGGAUAGAUGACCCGUUUAUGUGGGGAUUCAAGGGUUUCCCUAUUACAGAUGCGAAGCUUGCAAGAUGGGUGUUGACAGCUGAGGAUAUCUGCUUCAGAAAUGCGUUCAUGUCUUACAUGUUUAGAGUCGGAAAAUGUGUGCCGAUCACAAGAGGGGCUGGAAUUUAUCAAGAGCAUAUGAAUGAAGCCCUUGAAGUACUUAGCACUGGCAGCUGGUUGCAUUCAUUCCCUGAAGGAAAAGUAGCCCAAGAUCACCAGCCAAUCAGACGACUAAAGUGGGGAACUGCCAGUCUUAUUGUCCGAGCACCUGUAACCCCAAUAGUUUUGCCUAUUAUUCACACUGGUUUUGAAAAGGUCAUGCCAGAGAAAUCAUUCUUUGGGCGCCGUCCACCAUUGCCCCUCUGCGGCAAGGAGAUACAAAUUAUUGUGGGAGAACCAGUAGAAUUUGAUCUGCCGAGCUUAAAGCAGGAAGCAGCAACGAUACCCCAAGACACAUCGUUUGAAAGGAAGGGCUGGCCGACCAUCACGCCCGAGGGGCUAGACGAGGCAGCGCAGAGAUGGCUUUACCAGAAGAUGUCGGACAAGAUUCGGUCUGUGAUGGAGGGGUUGAGGAAAACGCUUCUGAACCAGAAGCAACAUUGAUCAUUUUGUUCUUCCACAAUGGGCCAGGGACCGAGGGCCUCCAUUUUUUCUCCAGUACCUUGUUGUGUUGGUUCGGAAUCAGAUAUAGCUCCACUAGCUAGUUUAAGAUGAUGCGAACACAAUAGGUGCAAUCAGGAUGAGUAAUGGUUGGACAUUGCACCUUCCUAAAUGUACGAUAGAAGCAGUUAGGACAAUUAGAGUUCAGACAACCUGACUGUCAUUAAUGGCCACUAUAUUUGCACCCAAAUCAUAUUUAUUUGAACCACCAACACUGAUAUUCUUGUCUUUUUGUUAUGAUGAGUUUUACAUAACAAUAGGUUGUACAUGCCAGCCUAUGUUGCCAAUAUGUUCAAAGAUAUUAAUAUUACGGACGUGAAUUUUUGGCUCUCA